AUGGCUUCGCCCAAGCUCAUCGCUCUGUUCUUCGCCUUCGCCAUGGCGGCGGCGGCGCUGCAACCCUCGGAAGCGGGGAGGCUCCAAGUCCAGCAAGCAUUCAAGCCCGUGGCCGCAGGCCAAGAAGCAGCAGAAAAGGUGGUAUGCCACUAUCUCCAGAAUCUGCACAUCAGAGACAGUUGA